AAUAUGUACAAUUCUUCUUUUGUAUAAAACAUUUUUUGUCUUUUAUACAGAUGAAGUAUUUAGAGGACAUGAACCUGGGCAAGCUACAAACAGAUCUGUAUCAGCAGCAGAUGUUGUCUUGUAUGGGGUUAAUCUAGUUCUGCCUCUAAUGUCCCAGGAUCUGCUGAAGUUUCCAUCCCUGUGUAAUCAAUAUUACAAAUUAAUCACUUUCAUCUGUGAGAUAUUCCCUGAGAAAAUUCCACAACUUCCAGAGGACCUCUUUAAGAGCCUAAUGUACUCACUGGAGUUAGGGAUGUCAUCAAUGAGUUCAGAGGUUUGCCAGCUCUGCCUGGAGGCUGUAACACCAUUAGCAGAACAGUGUGCAAAAGCACAAGAAACAGAUACAACCCUUUUUCUAGCAACAAGGCACUUUCUUAAGAUGGUCUUUGAUAUGCUGGUACUUCAGAAGCACAAUACAGAAAUGACAACGGCAGCAGGUGAAGCAUUCUACACAUUAGUGUGUUUGCAUCAGGCUGAAUAUUCAGAGCUAGUUGAAACAUUGCUAUCAACUCAACAAGAUCCAGUAAUUUACCAGCGGUUAGCAGAUGCCUUCAACAAGCUUACUGCAAGCAGCACUCCUCCUACACUGGACCGUAAGCAGAAGAUGGCCUUCUUAAAGAGUUUAGAAGAAUUUAUGGCAAAUGUUGGUGGACUUCUCUGUGUAAAAUAAACAACAAAAUUCUAUGCCUAAUGUAGACCCUUUCUGCAAAAUGCACUGAGAAAUGCUGAAUGCUGACUAAAUCUUGUACCUGUCUCUGGGUUCUUUGCAGCCGUCUCAGAUUCUAGAGAGCCCAGAAGUUUGAACAUAACACAGUGGAAUAGGAGAGGUCAACUUUGAAUCAGCUUCUGCUAUUAUGUGUUAGCUGCAAUCUGUCAUACUUGUGUGUGGGAGAGAACGAACAGAAAAUUUGAAUUUAAUUUGUUUUCCAUAUAUGUGCAAACAGAUAUGGGCACAAUGAAAAAUAAAUACAGUGCCUUCCCCCCACCCUCACUGGUUUAAAACAUACAGAUUUCUACCCAAAAUCAUGUUAGAGUGUGAUGCAGAUACAUAUAAAGCUCUAAACAGUUUAGCUGAUUUUAAGCUUUAUUUUUCCUCUCUUAAAGUUUGAGUUUGUGUUCCAAUGGAGA